UGGCGCAGUGAAAGCAUCUCAAAAAUGCUCAGUCUUAAGUUCUGGAUUGGCCUCGGUCUGUUGACCGUCGUCUGGGGUGCAGCCGUACCUGGAAAGGCUCCCGCGGACGAGGAGCGAAUGCAUCCUCAUCUGCCCAGUAGUCCCAGACUUCGUACCAUUUCCGGAGAGGAUACCCAGGAGUUUUGGUACUCGGACAGCAAAAGACUCAUCCGUGAGAAGUUGGAGUUGGUGAGGAAUACAAAGAAGGCUAAGAACAUUAUCCUAUUCUUGGGUGACGGCAUGGGUUUGGCUACUCUGGCUGCUGCGCGCAGUUAUAUUGGAGGUGAAGAACUGAAGCUCUCGUUCGAGGAGUUUCCCUUCACGGGCCUAUCCAAAACCUAUUCGGUGGACAAAGUAGUCCCCGAUAGUGCCUGUACUUCUACCGCAUAUCUUUGUGGAGUGAAGGCAAACUACGGAACCAUUGGCGUCAAUGCCCAUGUGAAACGAGGCGACUGUUUGGCCAUGGCCAAUGAAACGAAUCAUGUCUUCUCCCUGGGAAAAUGGGCCUUGGAUGCAGGCAAAGCUGCUGGACUGGUGACCACCACGCGAGUAACCCACGCCUCUCCAUCCGGCGUCUAUGCCCAUGUCGCCGAUCGUGAAUGGGAGAAUAAUGCUGUGCUGGAAGCGGACUGCGGUGAUCAAUCCGCGGGUCUCCAGGAUAUAGCUGUCCAGUUGAUUCACGGCGAGGUGGGCAGCAAACUCAAGGUAAUGUUGGGUGGAGGCAAGCGAAGCUUCUAUAGUCCUGAACACUACGAUAAAGGACGUCGCACUGAUGGUCGCAAUCUCGUCGAAGAAUUCGAGGCCUUGGAUGAGGGCAAUGUUUUUGUGAAAACCCAGAAGAAGCUGCUUGAUGUAAAUGCCACCGAAACUGGGCGAUUGUUGGGUUUGUUCAGCAAGAGUCAUAUGCACUAUCAUCUGGAACAAUUGGCCGAUCCGGAGAACAAUGAACCCACCUUGGAGGAGAUGACACAGAAGGCCAUUGAAGUGCUGGAGACCGAGGAGCAGGGUUACUUCCUUUUCGUAGAAGGAGGAAAGAUUGAUAUUAGCCACCAUAGUACAAUGGCCCGAAUUGCUCUGGAUGAGACGGCCGAACUCUCGAAGGCGGUUAAGAAGGCUCUUGAGAUGACCAAUCCGGAGGAGACCCUUAUUGUGGUGACCUCGGAUCAUUCGCACACCUUUAGUGUGUCCGGCUAUCAACCUCGAGGCAGCGAUAUAUUUGGAGCUGCCAAGGCGAAGGGCCAAGAUGGUAUACCCUAUCUGGCUUUGAGUUAUGCGAACGGUAAGAGUUUUGAGGACUACUACAACACGGAGACACACGAACGUCUGGAUCCUACCAGUCUCUCAACAAUCGGCGAUUUUGAUCAGCUUUUCCCCGCGAUGGUGCCACUGGAAUCGGAGACACAUGGAGGCGAGGAUGUCGGCGUUUUUGCCUCGGGUCCCUGGGCUCAUCUUUUCACCGGGGUCUACGAACAGAACGCCAUUCCCCAUAUAAUGGCCUUUGCCGCUUGCGUUGGUGACGGACUAACCGCCUGCGAUUAGGAAUCAGAACCAGGAGUUGAUUGACACGCCAAAGGACUCUUAAUUAGCUCUUCCACUUGACGAUUCUCACGUACGCUUUAUCGUUUUAAAUGAAUACUCAAAAACUGACAGGUGCUGAAACACACGGCCCACGCGAAAGGUUUUGAUCAGGGAUUACUCGCACAUUCCACAAGAAGUGUUUCCUAUCAAUAUGAACAACCAAAUAUACUUAUAUUGUCUGAUUAUAGGCAGACAUUAAAAUCCCGAUUAAAGCUGAUUAAAUUAAUAAAAA